AUGCAUCAGGAAGCAGAAACCCAUGCUCUGAUCUGUGGAGCAAAGCUUACGUAUUCCUGGCAAUGGAAAUUCCGUAGAUGGAAGAAUAAAAGCAACAUGCAGAGAACGAGGCAGACUUUGAUUAACACAGAAGAAAGUAACAGCACAGAUCAGAUUGGGACCAUGGCUGAGCUGUCAUCUGCACAAUCUCCCUUUGCCAAUGUUUCCCAGUUAGUAAUAGAUGUUAUUGUACUAUCAAAGGACACUAACUGCACCAUUGAAGAUGGUUUCCUUGCAUUGAGUCUGCCUAUCUUCUACAACAUUAUUUGUGUCGCUGGGCUCCUUGGUAACUUACUGGCCAUCUGGGUGUUUUUCUUCAACCAAAGGAAGUCAACGUCUAUUUCUGUUUACAUGAAGCAUCUGGCUGUGGCUGACCUCCUGUUGUUACUUUGCCUUCCAUUCAGGAUUGCUUACCAUAUUGGACAGUACAAGUGGAUGGCUAGGUUCUACUUCUGUAAGAUCAUUGGGGCAUUUUUCUACAUCAACAUGUAUGCCAGUAUUGUAUUCUUAGGAUUGAUCAGCCUGGAUCGCUAUUUAAAGAUCACAAAACCUGUCCUCAAGUUUCGGAUCCACACUGUGAAAUGGAGCUCAGGCAUAUCCAAGGCUAUGUGGCUCACUAUCAUCUUAUUCAUGCUGCCCUUUGUUGUGGUGAGCAGCUUAAACUCAAAUGAAACAAAAUGCUUCCACUACAAGAACCAGAGUGUGAUCACGGGUGCAAUGAACCUAAUAGCUAUCAUGUUUGUUUUUAUCCUGUCCUUGUUAUUCCUGGUGUCCUAUGCCAAGAUUGCAGUCAAACUCUACAACAUCUCCAAAGGGAAGAAAAAGCAGCCGAUCAGCAAAGUGAGCACCACAGCCAUCAUAAAGACCUUCAUUGUCCUCGCAAUCUUCAUCGUGUGCUUCAUACCUUAUCACAUUGUCCGAGUUCCUUAUGUCCUCUCACAGAUGGAGAUCAUUUCCAGCUGUCAUUCUAAGCAGUUUCUGCAUAAGGCCAAUGAACUUGUUCUGUGCCUUUCUGCCCUAAACAGCUGUCUUGACCCAAUCAUCUAUUUCUUCCUAUCCAACUCUUUUCGCAAGAUUAUUAUUUACACCAUUAAAGGAAGGUUCAGCAAAACCUUUCCCAAAGCAAAUGGAACCAGGAGCAGUUUCAAAUCCAUUACGGAUAUCUGAGAUUCAGAGCUGCCGAUACUAAGUUAAGCGGAUAGAAGCUGAAUGCAUGGCCAUUUGGCAAGCACCAUCGCAGUGAUCGUUUGAAUCCAAGGUGA